AUGCCUUCAAUCAUAAUUCCAAAAGCUUUAGACACAGGUGCAACAAUUGCCUUCAUCUCGCCCUCAGCUCGACUUAAUGACCAAUAUCCCGCUGUCGUAUCCCGAGCCACCGCCGUACUCAAAGGACGAGGUUACAACGUUCGAGAAUUCUAUAAUAAGGAUAUAAGCAUUCAAUCAUCUAUCACCAACCGCAUAUCCGAGCUUCGCGCCGCAUCCGUAGAUCCCGAGGUUUCUGCUAUUAUCUGUACCGUCGGCGGGCCAUCCUUCACGGAGUUGCUACCAGGUCUGAUUGCCGAUACGGAUCUACACAAUAUCAUCCGCGCCAAUCCCAAGAUAGUCGUAGGCUAUUCCGAUAUUACCGGGUUACACUGGUUUUUACGCGCAUAUACGGGACUCCGUACCUUCUACGGACCAGGGAUCAUACCAGAGCUUGGCGCUUCCGAAUCAGUUGACGAUGAAACAUUACCACUUGCGUUCUGUGUUAAACACCUUUUCCGUGCCAUAGCGGAUCGUGAACCUAUUGGCGACGUCCCGCGAUCGCCAACGUAUGCGCAUAAGCACCCUUCCUGGUUCCACGAUUCCGCAUCUAUACAUAAAACAGAGCUCGUCCCUACUCCAGGUUGGAUAUGGCUCCGUCCAGGUAAGGCUCAGGGACGGCUCUUUGGUGGCUGUCUAUCCGUUAUGGCACGUCUCAACGGAGUGCGACGUAUCGUCCCAGAUUGGCGAGGCCGGAUUAUAUUCUUCGAGACUGCUACUGGGGAAAAGUUUGGAUCAGGAAACCCAAUAGAUCGGGUAAAGGCUGGCAUUGCAGAUCUUAUUGCCCAGGGUGUUUUUGAAGAAGCCGUAGGCUUAGUAGUAGGGCGACCGUUCGGUUACGACUCUACGAAGCAGAGAGAAAAAUAUAUCAGUGUUAUCAAAGGUCUUUUAUGUGAUGGUCCGCUCUCUAAGAAAGAAUUCCCCAUUCUAUUUAAUGUCGAUGUUGGACAUACAACCCCGAUGGUCACCUUGCCAUUCGAUGCGCUAGCUAUAUUAGAUUCUGAAAAGGAUCGGUUUGCUAUUCAAGAGUCGGGAGUUGUAUGA